UGCGUCUCCAAAGCGAGGAGAGUUCAGCUCUGAACUUCUUACAUUUGAAACCGACUCUUCCUGCUGAUAUUUUGACUCCACCAUGCAGCUCCCGCACGCUGCUGAGGGAGUAACUGUUUGAAAAACCCUCCACGCCGCUUUGAUCCCCCUGUUUGCUCUCCUCGCGUUGGAUUUUGGAGUCAUGCCACAGGAGCCCGGCGUGGAGGGCUUCCCUCCGUCUGCCUGCGCGUCACUGGAAACAUGCUGCGGUGGGAAGAAGGAGCGGAGAGCCUUCAGGAGCCGAGGGGCAGGGGCGCGCUCGCGGGAGGACGAGGACAACUAGUGGACGCCGGAGGAGAGACGCUCGGGGACAUGAGUUUGCCCACCAACUGCGUGUUCCUGACCCCCUCGGUCCAGAGCCGCUGCCUCAAAAUGCGCAGCGGGAACGUCUGCGGGUCGCCGUGUGCCGUCAACCGGCCCAUCGACAUCGUUCAGAAACGCAGGCGUUUUGAUGUGGAGAAUGGCCUAUCGGUGGGUCGCAGUCCACUGGACUCCCAAGCUAGCCCGGGCUCUGGUCUGGUUCUGCAGGCCAACUACCCCCACAGUCAGCGCCGCGAGUCUUUCCUCUACCGCUCUGACUCAGACUUCGACCUGUCGCCCAAAACCAUGUCUCGCAACUCGUCCACUGCCAGCGACCUGGAGGAAGGAUUGAAGCAGUGGGAAGUCAGUUGGUUACCUCGGCAUGGAGAAGACAUGAUAGUGACCCCAUUUGCACAGGUUUUGGCCAGUCUGCGAACAGUGAGAAGUAACGUUGCCGCUCUGACGCAUCUUCAGGACCGUGUGGGAAACAAACGACCGUCGGGCACCAACCAGCCUCCGAUGUGCAAGACAUGUCUCUCAGAGGAGCCCUAUCAGAAGCUGGCGAUGGAGACACUGGAGGAGCUGGACUGGUGUCUGGACCAGCUGGAGACACUCCAGACCAGAAACUCCGUCAGCGAGAUGGCGUCCAAUAAGUUUAAGAGGAUGCUGAACCGCGAGCUGACGCAGCUGUCGGAGACGAGCCGCUCAGGGAAUCAGGUGUCAGAGUUCAUCGCCAACACCUUCCUCGAGAAGCAACAUGACGUGGAGAUCCUGUCUCCACCAACCAAGGAGAAGGAGAAGAAGAAGAGGCCGAUGUCACAGAUCAGCGGUGUGAAAAAGGUCACACAAAGCCCGAGCUUAGCGCCCGCCUGCAUUCCUCGCUUUGGAGUCAACACACCUCAUGAGAGCCUGCUGGCAAAGGAAAUUGAAGACAUCAAUCGCUGGGGUAUGGAUAUUUUCAAAUUAGCAGAAUAUUCAGGAAACCGCCCUCUGACGGUGAUGAUGUACUCCAUCUUCCAGGAGCGAGAUCUUCUGAAAACCUUCAAGGUGCCAAUCAACACCUUCAUUACCUUUAUGAUGACAUUAGAGGACCACUAUCAUGCAGAUGUAGCUUACCACAACAACAUCCAUGCAGCCGACGUCGUGCAGUCCACCCAUGUCCUCCUGUCCACCCCUGCUUUAGAGGCGGUGUUCACAGACCUGGAGAUCAUGGCUGCUCUGUUCGCCAGCGCCAUUCAUGAUGUCGACCAUCCAGGAGUCACCAACCAGUUCCUCAUAAAUACCAGUUCUGAAUUGGCGCUAAUGUACAAUGAUUCCUCAGUUCUGGAGAACCAUCACCUUGCUGUGGGCUUCAAACUACUGCAGGAGGAAAACUGUGACAUCUUCCAAAACCUCAGCAAGAAGCAGAAAGACUCCCUCCGAAAGAUGGUGAUCGACAUGGUGCUGGCCACAGAUAUGUCCAAACACAUGAACUUCUUGGCAGACAUGAAGACGAUGGUGGAGACCAAGAAAGUGACGAGUUUAGGAGUUCUGCUGCUGGACAAUUACUCUGACCGCAUCCAGGUUCUACAGAACAUGGUCCACUGUGCUGACUUGAGUAAUCCAACAAAACCACUGGAGCUUUACCGCAAAUGGACGGACCGCAUCAUGGUGGAGUUCUUCACGCAGGGAGACAGAGAGCGGGACAAAGGCAUGGAGAUCAGUCCCAUGUGUGACAAACACAACGCCUCCAUAGAAAAGAGCCAGGUGGGGUUCAUUGACUACAUAGUGCACCCUCUGUGGGAGACCUGGGCGGACCUGGUGCACCCUGACGCGCAGGACAUCCUGGACACGCUGGAGGACAACCGGGAGUGGUACCAGAGCAUGAUCCCCCGCAGCCCGUCGCCCACGAGCCCCGACGAGCACCACGCCGAGGUGGAGCCGGCAGACGAAGUUGCAGCAGGAGGAGGAGGAGACAAGUUCCAGUUUGAACUCACCCUGGAGGAGGAGGAGGAGGACGAGGAGGCGGAGUCUGACCUGGAAAGCCCCUUAGAAGAGGAGWCCCAGGUGGGRGGAGACYGGCACCGGGACUCCUCCUCCCCAUCCCUGUCCCCCAACCCUCGCAUGAACAGCAACAGGUAUCGCCCCCCGUCGCCUCACCCAUCUCGGUCGCUCAGUCUGGCCUCCAUGUCCGUGCGCAGCCCCCGCCCCCACAGGACGCUGGGCUCACCGGGGCAGGAGGGCGUGGACAGGGACCGGGAGCUGAGCCAGGACAGCGACGGAGUGGCCUGCCUGCGGAUGGGCACGUAGUGACCGGCACGGGGGGGCCGUCCUGUCUGAGACUGGAGCGCCGGACGGAGGGCGCAUGUCCAAUAAUGUCUGUAAAAUCACCACAGUCCCUUUACACUGGAGACACCCACUCUGGAGAACAGAGGAACACCUCUCCUCUGUCUUUUUCUCUUCUUUUUUUAAGUUUUAUUUUCAGUGACACGAAUCAUUUUAGCCUCUGUCUGAGUGCCUGACAGGCCUUUACSUUCAGUCCUGGUUGGUUGUAGCUGCAGCUUGGGAGAUUUCCAGAUUAAAAAAAAUAAUAAUAAUAAAAAAACUGCUGCAUUGAAUCUGGAACAAAGAAUGGAGUCCAGGCCUGCACUCAAACGAAAGGUAACACAACUAAAGGAAACGUCUUCCUCCAAAAAAAAUAAAAAAUAACUGUGAGAUCUGAACGUGAGCAGCGAAUGAGGAUCACAGUGGUGUGACAGGGUCUUGAAAAUUAUUUUGCACCGUAGUUUUUCAUUUAAGAUGUGAGAUAUUUGAGUCGGGGAUAAAACGUGAGAAUGAUUUCAUUUUUUUUUUCAAGGAAUGAUGUGUGAAAUGAAUCAUUUAACCAAAUACAGGAUGUAGAUGAGCAGAGAAAAAAAUGGACCUAAACCUCAGGGUAUGAAGAGAAGCAUAAACCUAAUGUAGCACAGAUUUACUGAAUAACCCCCCAAACCGUCUUUCCUGUUCGACUACAGACCACAAACACAAGAGUCUUUAUUGAAUACGUGUGUUUAUUUAAAUCCCUUUAAUAGAGAAUCCGGCAGUUGAGGCAAUCAAACAAACCAGCCUGUAGCACCAUGAAGAACUGAACACUUUAGACUGAACCCCAGUCUCACCUUGUUAAAGUGACGACAAAAAAAAAGACACCACCUGUAUAAUUAGUUUGAGCUUUUGUUCUAUUUUAUCUUAUAUUUUAGAUGUUUUUAUUUCCAUACUGGUCUUUUGUUGUAUGUUUGCUGGUCACGUGUGUUUCUGUGCGUAACUAUUAUUUUGACUUUUAUUUUUAAAUCAGGGUGCCUCCGGUCCGCAGUAGCACUUUACCGUCUUUACCGUUCAGCUCUUCUAUUCAGUCACAUAAAGGGCUUCACCCACUGUAGGCCUACCGAUCGCAAAAACUGUACAGGACUUUUGACUACAGGGAACCGGACGGCAGGGCGGGGCUCGAACUAACACCUGAGAAAAGAAAAUCCUGAUUCUUUAGAGGUCAGGGAUGAAGUUUAAGACUUUGGGAGGCAUUUUGUGAGGUGUUUCACCAUCUACAGAUUAGGUUGUUAAAUCAUACAGGCAAUAAUACGGCUAAUAAUCUCAUAACUAUAAAAACCGGCUUACUGUAACGAGACGGCAUCUGUGUCACAGAGGAUAAUCUUAAUCUGAGUCAUUAACUGAACACUUCUGCACAAAUUUAUGCAAAAAAGUUAAAUAGAAAAUUAGAUUUCUGCUCUAGUAAAAGGCAGACCUUUGAUCUUACAUUUUAAAUGUACAAGGAUGGCAUCCCCUCAAUGAAGAACUAGUGUUUGAUAAAGCAAUAAUAGUUUCAUUCAUUUCCAAUUAAUGUAAUAAAAAAAGAAAACACAAUGGAAAUAAGUUUUGCUUUGAAAAUCUUUGGUUUGGUCCUAAAACAUCAACACAUUUUGUUAUUGGAAGCAACUGGGCCUGCCUGUGGCAUAGGCAGUGUAGGCUAAUGCUGAGGGRGCUGUCAUUUGGAGGGCGUCAAAAAUGGGGGAUGAAAAAAACGGAUAACUUUUUAUCAGAGUAUAAUUGAUUUAAUCAUUGGUUACUCGAGUUUAUGAAGGUAACUUGUUCUACUUUGUUACAAUGAGGUUAAAUGGUGCAGAUCAAAAUAUCAAAUGAUGCAGUCCAGACGAACUGCUGGUGCUCAGUGUGUAAAUAGAAAACAAAAUAAGGAUAAUGGAAGUUUCAGUUAUGAUCUCAGAUAAAGUUCAGAUUAAAGUCUAGUUUCCAGUGUUCUGCCUUCAUAAAAUACUGAUUUUAUGUUUUAUUAAUCCCAGUAAUUUAGUAAAAUARUCUUCAAAUGACUGGAAAAUGCAGAGAUUUGAGUAGCUUUAUUUAAAUUGGACAGCGUUUACAAACCAAAUCUUGAUUUCUAAAGAUGAAAAAUAAUAUCAAAGACAAAACUUUGACAUUUUUAUUUGGUAUGUAAAUGUACGCAAAUUUGCACAAGGAGCGCCGCCUGAAGUCUGGCCUACGGCGCCAAAUUGACAUAAUUAGUUUACUAAAUAUGAACUUAAGAUAAAACUCAGCUUGUUGCUUCACCUCCUCGCCCUGCCAGCAGGUCCUGCCGUAGAGCCGAGUUAUAAAACUGUAGUUCAAACACAAUGGAUCGCGUCCCGUCAGGUUAUGGGUCAUGUUUGGGUAGAACCGGCUCAGCUGGGACUAAAUGUGUUGGACACACACACACACACACACACUUGUAUACACACACCUGCCAGCCUACAAAGCUGUACAUUUUUACACUAGAGAUUUUAAACUGAUGAUUGUAUCGACGUCAUUAACUUUAUAGUGUUAGUUUUUACAAAUGACACUCGUUAUUACCAGUAUUUAAAAGCAGUAGGUUUUAGUGCAGCUUUCGAAGCAGUUCGUUGAGCCCUUUUGCUAAGCAGAUAGCUGAGACCCGAGAAUGUGUGUAGUUUCACGUUUUUCUGUUUUUAUUUUCUGUAAUAAGUUCAACAUUGAGUCCGAAGUAGUGUUUGUCUCAGAGGUAGAAUAACCAGGCGGUAAGCCAGCACUACAAGAUACGAUCCACCUGGUUGUAGAAAACACUAGUCUAACAGUAUUUUAUUAUUUUAAGAUAAUGAGCUUUAUUGAUCAGCCUUAUUGUUGUAGGAGAGGAUUAAGCCUUGUGUUAAAGGACCAUUGUGCUGCUUUUAGAGGCUGAUCCUCAGACUUUUUAUUUCCCCUUUCAGCAUAAACUUUAACCAGUCAUAACUAAAGAUAUUUGGUUUCCUAAACUUCAGCUGAUCUCACUGAAUCAGUGAUUUCAUUCAGUAUUUAGGCGUUUUAUUUCAAAAUCCUGAGUUAAUUCAAAAGGUUUUUAUUAUUUUCAGUAACAGUAAAGUGAAUACCAACUUUAAGUUUAAACCGUUUAAUUAACAUGAUAACAAAAUGUAAUCCACAGCUUUUACUUUUUUAAAGGUUUAACCACCUGUAGAAGUCAGAACCAGUUGUUUUUAAAAACCAUUAGCUAUAAAAUCAUUGAAUUCAUUAGUUUUGCAAAGCUUGAAGCUUCACCUAAAAACUAGUAUUCUUGAAAGAAACAUGUUUCCUGUUAUCUGAAGUUUUAAAUAAAUAUCUUGAAUCAUAUUUUUAAUGUUCAGAGUGUACAUUAAGUAUGACUCUCAGCUACUACAACACCAAAUUUCAGCUUAUUAUCUCUCAAAAUGACGGAGUUAUAUUUGUUUUUGUAUUUGGCUAAGGUCGAUCAGCUGAGGCAGCCAUCUUGAAUCAAGAGGACUCUAAAAGUUAAUAAAUGAACCGCAAUUAUAGUGUUAAUUUUUUCGUACAUUUAUUAUAAUCUGUUUACUAAUUCGUAUAUUUAGCUAACAAAGACAAAUGCGUGCAAGCUCAUUUUUUGCAGACAUGUUUGUGUUUAAAAACGGAACUGUCAAAUAUUUCACAUUAUUUUUUUAAGAAUUGCUUUAAAAAAGCAAUUUUUAAUCUACUUAUUUUUCCAGCUGAAAUGUAAUUAUUUAUUUUGUAAACAUUCAGUUUUGGUUUAAUGUAAAUCAAAUGUUUUGGCACAAUAAAUUAAAAAAAUCAUUUCAAACACUUGAUUUGGAAAUUAAACUAUUUUCAUCAUGUGGGAUUCUUUUUAAGUUUUUAAUACCUUUUUAUUUAUCUUCCAGUUGAAUAGUCUGAGGAAGAAAAUAAAACAAAUCAGCGUCCUAAUUUCAGCACGGUGGCUCAGCGGCGCCACUUAGUGUUAAAUGUGUUAAUAGGCAGGAGCAUCCCUGCGUUCACUGUGUUUAAACUGCCUUCAUUCACGUUGUCUCAAUUUUUCUCUGGUGUCGUGCAAAUGUCUAAAUAUUUAUUCUUUGAAAAAAAAAAGAAAAUUUGUCAAGAAAAAAAAGUACUGUAACGGAAUAUUUGAUUUUAUGUUCUGGAGCCUAAAAUAACAAGUAUAUUUUACAGUUCUGUAUAAGUCUGCCACUCCAAUGUUUGUCAAAAAGAAAUUAAACUUGUUUUUUUUUUUUUUUUUUUUUUUUUUGCAUUUGAAGCCAAAAGAAUCUCUGGAGUUCAGGGUGUUUUACGUUGAAAAAAUGCCAAUAAAUUAUAUGAAAAUUUAA